GUGAGAUGUGGUGGCUGGUUCGUAGAUUGAAUGAAAAAAGGUUUAGGCUGUAGAAAUAAACAAAUUUACGGUGCAUCGCUGAUUAGGAUUCGAACCAAAAAAUAUUUAAUUUCAUAAUCAUCUUAACAAAACCAAAACUAACUGAUUCAUAACUCGUGGAUUUCCUUUCAAUAACGCAGUGACAAUGAGAUGGUCCAUGUCCUGGACUGACGAGAACACAAUUGAAUGACCAUAGAACGAGUCCAGGUGGGGGACUCCAGUACCUCCAGAGUCAACAUGGAAUCCAAUAGUUACGAUGGCUAUGUCGAUGGACAUCAAGAAGUCUCAGCAGACAAGGAACAGACGGCCCAGAAUGAUUCCUGCACAAUGGCUGGUGAACUCGUCUUGUCGUUUCUGCUUCAACUGGUUGACCUCAAUGAAACAAACUGCAGUUCCAUCUCACACGUGACCUCCGGCCAGCUGCCCCCUCACCGGGUCUCGAUUUUGAUUAACGGCCGCCUGUUCUACGCUUACUUCACCCCAGUCGUCUUUGUCAUUGGAAUCAUUGGCAACCCUCUCUCCUUCUGCGUGUUCGUCUCCAAGAACAUGCGCCACCUGUCGGCCAGCACGUAUCUGGCGGCGCUCUCCACGUCGGAUAUAUUCGCCUUGCUGUUCUACGUUCUGAUCGAGUGGCUGAUUCGGGGAUACCCGGUCCUCAGCCCGGGCUCCAAGCUGUCCUUCAUGCUGGUGCCUGGGCUGUGUCAGCUGAUCAUGUACCUCCAUUACGUCUCGAGGUUCUUAUCGUCUUGGCUGGUGGUGGCCUUCACGGUGGAGAGAUACAUCGGCGUGUGCCAUCCGCUCCGACGCAGGCACAUCUGCUCGCUGAGCAGCUCCAGGAAGAUUGUCUUUGGAAUCGUAAUCGUCUCGUUCCUGGUGAACAUCUUCAAGCCUCUGCUCAGCCGCGUCCAAAACGUGGAGCUCUGGGGGCACAUGUGCACAACGAUACCCGCGUAUCGAGACCUGUCCUUCAUACUCGAUUCCAUAUACGCCGUGUCCAUAACUUUCGUCCCGUUCGUGAUCAUCACGAUACUUAACAUCAAGAUCAUUCGCCAGCUCGUGGUGCACAACAGACAGCAGCGCCUCCUGCGGGUGGUGACGGAAGAGAGCGUCAUCAAGCUGGAGUUUACCUCCAUUUUACUGCUGGUCUCGUUCUGCUUUGUGGCCUUGAACUUGCCCUACUUCGUCACGUGGUUCAAACUUUUCCUAACAUCGGGAUUCUUGAGUCUGUCUUCCUUCCACGAGUCCAGGGACCUGGAUUAUUUCAGGGGUGUAUCUUUCUUCACCAGAGCAAUAUUUUACAUCAACUACUGUAUCAACUUUUUCUUGUACUCCAUUACAGGGGCGUAUUUCCGACGAGAGCUUAAAUGUCUAGUUUUUAUGAAAAAUCGCCGUCAUCAGGUGACAUGUAAACUUAAAAAACAGAGGCGUCCCACUUUUGAGAAAAGUUUUCGUCUUCUGCCAUCGAGAAGUUCCGACGGGAGGGACAGCAUUAAACAGCACAGCCCGCCAACAACUAACGACACGUGGGUCUAAAUUUAGCGCACCAAAGAAAUUGAGGCAUUUAUGAACUGUUUCUACUUAUUGGUGUUUCAACAUAUCAAAUAAUGUUCAGCGUCUUGAUUUGUUUGCAGCUUUCAGUUCAGCCCCAUCGUCAUCAUCAUCACUGAAUGUUUAACCAACAUGUAGGUGGCGCUGUGAUGAGUCGCUUGACCAAGUUUAGUCGCAUUGGCGAAUCAAGAACCAUAGUGGUCGACUCCAAGUAGUCCUGUUUAUCUUCUGAUGAAGUAUCCUGCGUACUGUAGGUACUAUUAGGACAAGUUUGGCCAAGAAAUCAAGUCCCAUAAUGUAACCUAAGCGCACAGCUUUUGAUGUUUAUAGUACAGUUGAGCUUCCCAGAGCAUUGUUGUUUGCUCUUUAGUUGAGAGGAGUUUCCUCCCCUGCCAAAGAGUUUGAUACAAAAAACAUUUCUCUAAUUGUCUGUACUUAUGUUUGUGUGUAUGUGUGUGUGAAUGUGUGUGUGUGUGUU